GCAACUGCAUGCAUAAAUAUUUUGUCUAUGGCUUUGUGUAAACAAUAGUUUGAAUCGGGUACCUCGUGUUUAUUUAAUUAAGAAAUGGUAUUCAGCAUAAUUAUUGUUUAAAUAACGUAAGAUAUGUCGGGUUUCCUAGAUGUCAAAUAUCCCUUUAAGUCGAAUCUCGGCCUAAAUCCUUUUAAGACGUGGAAGAGGCAAUGGUGCAUAUUGAGGCCCAGCCCGACGUGUGCGGGCGGCGGGUCGCUGGCGGUGUACUGCAGCGAGGCGGGGGCAUCGGCUGGGGCGGUGGAGUUGCCUCCAGACAGCGUGGUACGGCGGGCGAAGUCCCGUAGUCGCCCGUUCGCUUUUGCCGUGUUUUCGGUGCAGGAGCCGCACAAACCUCGCAUCCUGCUCGCGGCACAGACCCUGCAGGAUGCCCAGCUCUGGAUGGACAAGAUCAGAGCCCUCUUAGACGGCAAACAAUUACUGGGCUCCACCCGCGACUCAUUCUCAGUGACGAUCAUGAGCAGCUCGCUGUCCCGCAAGCUGUUGCUGUGCGGCGACGGGCAGCUCACCAUCACCGCCGACGGCGUCGCCAUCGCCCGCUCUCACGCCAUACCUACGCUCAUACCGUGGAAAUGUGUUAAUGAUGUGACGAUGUGUGAUGAUAAGAAUAGGAUUGUUGUCGGAGUUAAUAGCGGUUUCCAUAAUGGAGGUUCGCUGACGCUGUCCAGCCCACUGGCUGCAGAAAUAGCGACGGCACUUAACAGAGACUCCGCAGGCCGAGCGAAGAACAAACGGCUGAGUAGGAGCGAGGGCGACUUGCGGGCCACUUCCGACGGAGACUUGGAGGACACUCGACGCAGCAGUUGGUCUACUAGCGGACCAGCGGAGGUGGCGCUCGACGACACUGACCUCGUCAUGAUGAAGGAGACGCCGGCCCAGGUGCAGUUGUCGCGUUGUGUAGGCGCCGGCCACCUGCCGUCGCCGGCGCCGCCGCGCGUGUCGCGGCUGGCGGCCGACGCCAAGGACGACAGCAUGUCCGACCGGCGUUCCCUCCUCUCCGUGGCGUCCGGCAUCUACGAGGAGAUCCCCGACCUGCCCGACCAGCUCUACACCGCCAUGUCCCGCGACCACGGCGACGGGCCCGCCGUCCGCGACACCGGGACCAGUGACAAGUGCAGUGUCAAGUGUGAGACUAGUGUGGAACGUGUGUUGAGGCUGGAGGAGCCCACGUAUGAGUCGGUGGCGGAGUGUGUGUACGCGACGAUGAGAAGGACUGGGAAGAAGUAUCCGCCGCCGCUGCCGCCCAGGUUGCCGUUUGGCACAAUGAAGCUGGGUGAAUCGUGGAACUCUCGCAUCAACACCGGAGACGCCGUGAUGCGGCACAGCUCGCUGGGCUCGCUGCCGCGCUGCUGCAGCGUCAGCUCCACCUCCUCCGACUCAAAGACCAAGACGCUGCCCAAAGGGACCCGCCAGGCCUUCAGCGUAUUUCGAAAACGGCUCAAGAGCGACUCCCGCAUCAUGUCGCCAAAGUCAGAAACAGCCAAAGAAAAUAAAGACGUCGAAACCAAGAAGAAGAAGUUCGAUUUCACCCCCACCCGGGACAUCUUCAAAAACUUCAAAGUCAGCCGGAAGAUGAAAAACUUAAAAAUCGCCCCGGGGAGCUUGUCCAAAGUCGGUGAGACCAAAAGCUGUGAGUUUUUGGAUGAGACGGAGCACGUUACUACCGCUCGCUGCUCAAAAUCAGUCGAAUGUCUAGAACCUGACCAAUUUGACGAUUUUGAUGCUGAUUUAUCUUUAGAGUUCAACGACGAUUCUAUAUCCUCGCUCACUUUGCCUCAAGAGAUCAUAGACUUGAUAUUGCGCAGUGAGCAUAUAAAUAAGAUUCGUCUAAAACAUGAGAUGAGCGAGAGCGACUAUAUGCCGAUGUCCCCGAUCUGCCCGCCGGCGCCCAUAGAGCACCAUUACAUCGCGAUGUCGCCGAGCACUAAUCUCGCUUGAAGACUGAUUUGUUAGCCCUGAAUCAACACUAUCUUGUAUGACAAUUAUGACAAAUCAUGACACUGCAGUGUGAUGGUACUAUUUGUCUACGUGACAGCGUGAUAAUGACAGUGUCUGCCUCUUUUAAUCGCGUGGUGUUAAAAUGUGACACUUUUCACGUGGAUAAAGUAUUCCAUUAUACACCUGCAGUACCUUUUGACACUUGUUUAUAAAUGAAUUUUUCAUCUAUACCACCAGUUAUUCAACGUAUCCUUAUGUUAUCCCACCUUUUAUAAAAUUAUAUUAAUUAUAAUUUCUGUUAACAUUAUUUAUUUUUGUCAUCCUAAAGAAAGAUGAGUGGAGGCCUGUGCCCAGCAGUGUGACGUCUAUACACGUCCCACUGCUGAAAUUCUUAUUAUUAAAAAAAGAUAAUUUGCAAGUGUUUGUUGAAUAUAGAUGAAAAAUGUAGUUCAUUAGUCAACCUUCUUCAGCAAUGAAGAUUUUGUACAGUAUAUAUAUUGAUUCAGGGUUAAAAUGUAGCCAGACAGAGCUAGUACCGCUAGCUCAGGUACGUGAUAUUUUUUAACACUUUUACUGUUAGAAUUACGAGGUGGAAGUAUUAGAGUGAUCUCAUUUUAGAGUCAAACGGUGUUGGUAUUAGUCUGACGGUAUGCUGAACAAUCGUAAACCUUAUAUAAGGGUUGCUAUUGCUCACUAAAGUGUGCCUUCGUUUAUAUGACGACUGUUCGGGCAGCUACUUGAGUUUAGAAUAAACGCGGCCAGUUAGGCUUAAAAUAUUAUAAUCGUAGAAUAAGGCUGCUUUAUCGUAAUUAAGGUUUCCUAAGGCCGCGGACUGAACGCAAGCGGCGAAUCGAGGUCGUCCAUACUUUUGGUCGAGCGCAAUGUAUCAAUGGCCUUCAUUCGACGCGCUGGUCCAGUCCGCGGCCUAUUACUUAAUAUUUUGGUCCAAAUAACGAAGGUAGUAAGGGUCUGGCCACAGCAGUAGCGAUGAGAGACUUUAAUUUGACUAUUCUGAGUUAUAUUCAGAUCCUUCUAUACACUUCUCUCGCUUUGUUACUUCUGCCGCUGACUGUACUCUUAUUU